AUCGCUUCUCUCUUUAUCGCAUUGACCGGACAAAGUUUUGAAUGAGCAUCCCAUGGGACAGCCAUAGCUUGAACCUUCCUCCUCUCUUUCGGGUGGGCGGCGGGAAUAGCUCUUCUAGCAUCAGCAUGGAUUGACCAGAGACUAGGAGUAGUCGUCAUGUUUGUCAAUAGUAGUCAUCUAGCCAGCAAGGGAAAGACCACUUAGCGCAGUGGAAUAGGAAGAGAGCGUCGAGCACAGCUUUCGCAGCAAUCCUUUUUCAUUUGUUGGGAGACUGAAAAAGGCUUUGUCAAGCAGGCAUGAUUGUCAGGUCGAUCGAAAGUUGAGAAAUCCUAUCUCUUGGGCCCCACUUUAGGGCUAUCUUUCACCAUUGACAGACAUGGUUCAACGUGACAGGUACGAUUCCUCAAUCAAUGUAGAUGACUCAAGGUUGUUGUUUUCGAUCUGGUAUGGGGAAGGAGAACAGAGCUUUCAAUUAAACAUUCGUGUGAGUCUAGCUUGGGAUUGUCCUGUCUUUCUCAUCUCGAUCUGGGUAAGGCUUCGCUUCGCUAUUCAUAUGGGUGGUGGAUGGGAUAGAGAAAGACCCUUCAAGCAGCAACUGCGAACAGCCAUAGCAAUCCUUUCUUCUGCCUUGUCCUUCUUGAUUGACAGUAGCAGGGUCUUUCUCUGUAGGCCCAUUCCUGUGCUUUUCACAUCAGUAGGUCUCGAUCUUGAACAAGAAAUCAUUUCGAGAACCGAUGGGCAUGACACUGAUCUUCCAUUUUCAGAGAUCGAACAGAAGACCUCUGGUAUCUGCAAGUCCAAUCAGCGUAUCCAGGAACUGAACAAGAACCCGUAG